AGCCCACGCGAGGACCCUAUGGCUGCUGAACGGCAACUGCAUCCUCUCAGUCGGCCGCUGAACCCGCGCGACGUUUGGUCGGUUCUGCCGUGAUUUCCGUUCCGUUUCUUUCUCUGUGUGUUUUUAUCUCGUAUCUUCAGAAAAAAAACGCGUGGUCGUCUAUUUUUGUUCAAAUGAAUUAUUAUUUUGUCCGUAUCAAGUUCGCUUUCUUGUCCGUCGGAAUAUCGUCCAUUUGUAUUUUUAUUAUCGAUGAAUCGUGAUGCGGAAAAAAAACUCGAAAGCUUUUGCCUUUGUGCCGUCUCCCUAAAUCGGCAGUAAUCUCGGAAUAGUUUAUUGUUUUUUAUGCCGUGGAAGACGAAAAAUAAAAAAAGUUUGAUAUUCGCGAGUGUCCAGAAUUUCUCGAGGAGAUUGCGAACCUCGGCAAAGAUUUUUUUCCCCCGGAUCUUUCGAAUGUAAACUUCGGCUUUUCGUUUCGCACUGUUUUUUAAAUUUAUUGUUGUUAGACUCUGACUAAUAUUUAGAAGGAGAUUUAGACUGUGCGUCGCUCGACACGUUUUGACUCUUUUGCGCGAAUUAGUGUUACGUACUUAUGUGUAAAAUGAUUGUCACAUGUACACACAUUUAUGGUGUAUAUAUUGAGGUGCAAGGAAAAUAAUUGCCAAUCCAGUGGAUUUUGCUCAUCUUCCUGUCAAGUUUUCGGACCGUUCAAACAACUUUAAGCUGCUUUUGGACGACAAAUCAUUCUGCAUGAUCCCAAUGUGUAAACUCGUUGGGAAGCUCGCGGACGGGAAGAUCGGACUGCGCUAAGAGCACACGACACACUUGCACUAACCGCUAAAAAACAUAGGAAGAUAAAAUCGAACAAAAGUUUCGCAUCGUUCAUUAGCUUGAAGAUAAAUCAAAGUAAGAAACGUAUAAAAAAAGAAAAACCCAAAGGAAAAGAAAGAAAAAAUGUUGACGCAGUGGCAUCGUCAUCAACGUCAACACCGUCACGAGAGUCGUCGGACGUGGGAAACGCAACGUCAGACGAAAAAACGAGACAACGUUGUCGCGAAUGUUGGUCAAUGCGGAGAAUUCAGACGAUAGAAUAUCCAAUUUAGUUUUCACAGCAAGGAAUCCCCGCGGCACGGCUUCGGAUCAGACGUAACGCCGGAUAAGUAGAAUCGUUAAGAGACGUUUUGUUGUUUCCCUCGACGAAAUAAAUCCUCAGGGUGGUGUUCGACAACUCGGGCGUGAGAAAAACAAAUGCGAAGGUCGAGACUCGGUGCCCUCCGGUAGCGCGAGCGGACGAGAGACCACCGAGGAAAGAGAGACGAUGUUGGGCGUGAGUCAGCCGAGCAACCCGCCCUCGAGCCUGCGACACUCGGCGAGCUUCUCUUGCCUUCAGCGAAGCUCCAACGGUGAGAACGGUCAUCGCGCUAGAACUUCGACGCUGCCGCAGCAGCCGAACGCUCAAUUGCCAACUGGCUCGGCUCAUCAUCAUCAGCAUCACCAUCAUUACGCCGGGCCGAGCUCGCUGCAACAACACACCUCCAAUUCUUCCCGUAGAAUCGAACCUAAAGUGGAUAAUUCUAGUGAAAAUAAGACCGAAAGCGGCAGCAACGAUUACGGCUUCGUGAGGAUAAGACCCCGGCUGAGGAGCACCAAUUCAGCUGUACUUCGGGAAGACGCGGACAACCGUAACUGGCAGACUCGUUACAACGAACGGGAAACUUUGGCUAAAUUCAAACAGGAAAGUUCAGCGAGCGAAAUAGAAGCUUCGAGCGACAAGAGCUCCGGUGGCCUCAGAGAAAACAGAGAUUCCGGCAAGAUUCAUCAGACGAAUAAUCAGAAUCCUCUGAGAGGCGCCCUCAUACUCUUCACAGCCUCGACCUCCUCCUGGUGGAAGGCGAAGCGAGAAGAGCUCGCGACCUCCUCGAUAGCUUCGUCCUCUUGCUCGUCGGGCACGACGGAACACAAGUGGUCAAACACAAGUGCUGCGGGGAACGCGAUGACGCCGGCAUCCUCGGGCAACGGCGUUUCUAACGACAGAAAGUGGAUAACGCACAAUCAACAAUCGCAGCAUCACUCGAUUGGCAAUCCCGCAGGGAACUCGUCGUCGUCGACGUCGAGCGAGAGAAAGUGGCCUUCCAAAGGAACAGCGGCGUCGAGUCCCCCUGCGACGGGCAGUUGCAACAGCGGUGGUGCAACCAAAGAUGACAAGUGGACGAGCGCGAGCGCAGCUUCGAUCUCGCCCUCGUCGGCGGGUCAAGAUCGCAAGUGGCGCUCGCUCGGGGCGCUCUUGCGCACCCCCAAUUCCGCGGCUUCCUCAGCCAGCUUGACCAACUCCCAGCAAUAUUCUCGGAACACGGAAAACAACAAUUUCGCCCAUAACAUGAGCGUGUCGAUGAUAGAAAACGUGGUCUCGGGGGAGGGCUCGAGAGAGUGCUCGACGGUCGGGCCGCCCUGGAAGUCCUUGCGAUACCCGGCGAGCGGACAAGCGACUUCUUAUUCGGCCGGACGACCAUCCUGGUCGGAGAAAGACUCCGGCGUGGCUCGGGACACCGGUGAAUUCCCGCGGCCCGUUAGAUCCGGAAAAGUAAGCAGGAGAUUGUAUCAAGAGAGUGGGAACGAAUCGCCCGAGAGUAAAUCGGAGACGUGGGAGGAGCGCAGAGGCAAUAAGGGACGCGGCGAGUCUUCGGGCGACGAAACGACGAGCUGGAAGAAGAAGUCAGCGAGUGGCAACGUCAGAGAAUGCUUUCAGAGAUUGGACGAACAAGCUGUCGGAGUUGGCCUCCGAGACGCGUCAACGCGCUCCAUCAGAGCUCAGAGUUUCUAUUUGCUCGACGAUUUUUUGCGACCCCCUCAACAGCAGCUGCAGCAGCACCACCAACAACAGCAAAACCAACAGCAGCAGCAAUCUCAGUCCUCCUCAAAGUGCAGCCUCGAUCUCUGGCUACCGUCGCAAUACCCUCGAACCAACGGCAGUCAGGAACGAAGUGCGAGAUCGAACGAGCUCUCCAGCAAGAAUUGUAGCGGCGUCGGCAAGCACGCUCAUCAACAAACUUCAUCCUCCUCGUCCUCGUCCACGUGCAACCUAACUCAACAACAAAGAAACAAUCUCUCCAACAUAACACCACCGAGAAGACACAAUUCGAGCUCCGACAGCCUCGAAGUCGCUACCAGCCCCCUCCCUCCUCCCGUUCCACCACCUCCGCCCCCGGAGAUCGGCAACAGGGACAAGGAACGCGGCGGCGGUGCCUCCAACGACCAACAAAACUCUUACCGGGAUAAAGACAUUGCUCCGGGCAAUGCUAGCGGGAAUGCGGCUAGUGCAACCACCUCCGCCACAAGCCUCAACGUGCCGUCAGCCUCGUCGUGCCACUGUAGAAUGUGCUGGGCGAGCUUGCAACAGAGAUCGUUCCGCGAUGAGAGUCCAGGAACGCUGCACAAGGAUGUCGGCGGUGGUGGUACGAAAGUUAGCGGCAAGCCGAUCGGUGGCGUCGGCUCCGCAACCCUCACCGCCCUUUCCUCGAUCAACAACACCUCCAACGGCAACAGAAACAAAAAUAAUCCAACUUUUCACGAGAAAUUGCCGUCUCUCGGUGGCAGCAAAGCAUCGCGUGUCGACAGCACCGAUAACAACAAUGCGAAUCACUCAACCUCCAACAAUAUUCACAAUUUGCCGAUCCACGAUCCCCUCAACACGAAUUCGCACGUCGAUGCAUAUGGUCGGAGACUACCAAUGACCCCGCAGGAGGCGACCAAGUACUACGGUUCACGUCUGACCGAGUACGAGCGUACUGAAAUCGAAAAAUACUCGGAAAUCUGGUACUUGGGAUUGUCCGCGCGAAAAAUCUACGGCGAAGAGUUGUCCGAAAACAGUGGCUACGACGACGAUACCGGAAGUUACUACAAGAUACCCCAUGAUCACAUCUCUUACAGAUACGAAAUUUUGGAGGUAAUAGGAAAAGGAAGCUUCGGUCAAGUGAUAAGGGCUCUGGACCAUAAAACAGGACAACAUAUCGCCAUCAAAAUAAUCAGAAACAAAAAGAGAUUCCAUCAUCAAGCACUCAUCGAAGUGAAAAUCUUGGAGCAUCUCAGGAAGAAAGAUCUCGAUGCUAAAUCUUCGCACAACGUAAUACACAUGCUCGAGUACUUUUACUUCAGGAAUCAUUUGUGCAUCAGUUUCGAGCUCAUGAGUCUCAAUCUCUACGAGUUGAUCAAAAAGAACAACUAUCAGGGAUUCAGUAUAAGUCUCAUUCGAAGAUUCGCCAACUCUCUGAUCCAGUGUCUGAGGCUUUUGCAUCGAGAGAACAUAAUCCACUGUGAUUUGAAACCGGAAAACGUUCUUCUCAAGCAACGCGGCAGCAGCUCAAUAAAAGUGAUAGAUUUUGGUUCCUCGUGCUACAGUCAUCAACGUGUUUACACUUACAUACAAUCAAGAUUCUAUCGAAGUCCUGAGGUCAUACUCGGUCUUCCUUACGGAACGCCAAUAGACAUGUGGAGCUUGGGCUGCAUACUUGCUGAAUUACACACGGGAUAUCCUCUAUUUCCGGGUGAAAACGAGGUCGAACAACUCGCGUGUAUCAUGGAAGUUUUGGGAUUGCCGCCAGAGAAUCUCAUCAAUCAUGCCUCACGUCGCAGGCUCUUUUUUGACUCCAAGGGAAAUCCACGCUGUAUAACGAACAGCAAAGGCAGAAGAAGACGACCUGGCAACAAAAACGUAGCAGUGGCUCUACGAUCGAACGACACUCUUUUCGUCGAUUUUGUCAGCAGGUGUCUCGAAUGGGACGCAAAGAAACGAAUGAAACCGGACGAGGCGAUGCGUCACGAGUGGUUAAAUUCAUCGUCAUCGACGAGCCAUUUGUCGAGUUCAUCGUCGAUGAGUACAUCGGUGGUUGGUUCCUCGAUGAGCAGUAGCGUGGUUGAAAGCUCCCAGAACGUUGGACAGCAAACGGUGAACGUCGGUGCGCCGCGUUUUCGAGCAACAACGAUGGAGGAUCCACAACAGCAAUACUCGGUGUACAGGCUUUAUCGCGGAAGAAAAUGCGUCUCGAAGAUAACGACGAUUGUCAAUCCGGACGGUGGUAGUCUCGUGGUGAAGGGUAAAUUAAAUGGUAGCGCGAGUAGUCACGCAUUGGCUAGUGGAACACAACCGGCGGCAUCGAGGCAUGCAUCAACCGGUGACAUAGUCGCUAGUCUCGAUCCAAAUCUCGACGAUUCGGGCACAUUUUUACCGGCCAUAUUGUGAAGCAGAAUUUCCGUUAGCCACUUUUGAAUUAUUUAAAAGCGCGUUCGUGGCUCGCUCCUAGCUCGCAUCCCUGAAACCUCCAAAAACGAAAAAUUCUUUUUUUUCUUUCGGGACCCGAAUGAGAGCCGAUUAUUCUCAAAUUUGUGCUCGAGUUAUGUGCUAUUGGAGAGAACAAAAAUGAAUUUCUACAUUACGAUCUCGAGACGAGAGUUCAGAAUUUUCCUUUCCGCGAGAUACUUCCUCAUCCCGAUUUCGCGAGACUCGGAUGGUCCAGCGACGACAAUAAAUAACGAUCGAUUAACGAAGAUACAAAAAAGUAACAAGGCUUGUGAUCGCAGACGAUGAAAUAUUGUAACGUGUGGCAAAAAAACAAAGAAACGAGAGAGAACGAGAGUAAUGGAUUAAACGUAUUUGAUAAUGAAAAAAUAACCAUCGAGGUAAUUAACUACGGGCAUGCCCAAACGAGUUCUCCAAAAUUUCUCUUCUUUCUUUCGAAUCUUUUUGAUUAUCACUAUGUCUGAAUUUAGUCGACGAAAUAAUUAUUAUUUUAGACAGUGAAAAGACCGAAUGUAACGAGUCAAUGUUAUAAGGAUAACAGAGAUUAAAUUUCGGUUGCUAAAAAAUUCUACGACGCGCAAGAAAAAACAAUUGUUGACCAAAAAUUUAAAUUACAAUUAUCGAGAGCAAACAUUGACGAAGCUAACUGAAAAAAGCUCAAAAUUUCCUCUCAUCACAUCUAGUUUUGGCUUAAAAAACGUCACUCGAGGACGACAUAAAAAAACGAGAGAUCUUCGUUGCAUGCUCGAAGAUUAAAAAGGCUCGAACAGAAUAGAAUGAAGACGAGGUAAAUAAAACCACAAGGAUCGCUUAUGACACGAGGCGCAAGACUGUCAAGACGACUCGAACAUGAACAAGUGAAAACAAGCUUCUCCCGUCUUGAGCUGAAACAUUAUUUCCAUUGUCAUUGUUUUUUCUUCGAUAAUUGAGCAAUUUACGAAUUCCGAAAUAAAGCUCAACAAGAAUAUUGAAGUUUACGAUUUCUUUUAUCUCCACUGAAUGGCUAUAAAGAAUAGAAGAAUGAAAUAUAUAUUGAACAAAGAGCAAUCGGAUGACCAAAAAUAAUAACGAGCCCAGAUGUUGAAUGACGUUGAAGUUCGCACCGUUGAAAUUCACUUGAAAUACUUUUCUUCAAUUCAAAAUUUCGUUGUAAAAACGAGGAAAAUUUCAAUCAACAGAUUUUUGAGUUCAUUCUUAAAAAAUUGACUGAUUAAAUGACAAGAGGAUUGUUCGAUUUUAUUCAAUUACUUAUUACGAAAACAAUUCUUCCAACUUUCUUUGUUUUUCAACGUUCCUUACUUCGAUAUUGUGGUUUUGCGAGAUUUAGUGAACUCGGAAGUUCAGCGUACCGCCCCAGUUUCGCGCGAGGCCUGAGUAGUCUUAUUGUGAUAUUAAACUACCACUGUCUUACUUAGAUCUCCGAUAAUAAGAAUUGUAACAACUUAUAUAUAAAUAUAUAUACACAUAUGUACAUAUGCUUACAUGCAUAUGUAUAAUCAUAGAUAUAUUUAUGUAUAUCUAUAUAUGCGUAUAUCGAUGUGUAUGCAUAUACAUAAAUAUAUAUAUAUACAUAUAUUCGUAAUAUUCGUUAAUAUUAAGAUUUAAAAAAAUGACAACUAUUGUUUUCUCGUACUAUCGUUAUCAUCUCGCAGCUAUCUCGCUUAACAUAGCAUGUCCUCAUCGCAAGAAUAAAUCAUUAGCAUCUACUGCGGGAAAGUAAUCAACAAUUGAAAGAAACAAACAAAUGCAGAAUUAGGAAAAUAAAUAGUAAACUCGAGACCACGAAGAAACGACUAUAUCGAAAUUUCCAUCGUUGGAAUGCAGUGAUUUUUCAUUUUUUGAAUAAUACUUUAUGAACCUUUGCUCGGUCCGGGAUAAAUGGAAAAUACAACAUUUGUUUAGCUGGUGUUCUGUAAAUCAAAGUUCCAUAAAAUUUGGACGAAAUGAGAAUUUUCGCAAUUUGUGAAUAAACGGAAUAGUCUCUGUAAUUCAACGAUGCUCACUUCGCUGUUGCUAGAAAAUGCUCGAUCAGACCGAGAUCUCUGUGUAAAUAGAUUAAUCAAUAAAAAUAUCGAAUACUUUGUACGUCAUUCGAGAUAGAGACUCGUCCAAGGUGUUUCCCGGUAGCCUUUGAAAGAAAAAGAAACAAAUGAAACGUAAUAUCACAAAAUGGGACACAUCAAACCAAUCAUCGUCCUAUCGAGCUCCACUUUUUGUUUCUCUUUCUCGUCGUUUUCGCAUUUACAAAUAUUUUCUGUCAUCAUCGUUUUUUGCUUCGGAGUUUGACAUGUUGGAAAGUAAAACUUUUCUUUUUCUCGGUCGAAUUUUUAACGGUUUAGUAAAUAGCAGGAAAAAUCAGCUCAAUUAAUCGAUCAAAAUUUUUCGUGCAUUCCAAAAUUCAAACUUCGAUAUUAAUUUAUUUCGUUAACUUUGGGACUACUCAAAGAAUUUUUGAUGUCCCGCAAAAUAAGCAGACGGCAUCGUUUCGCAAUUAUUACCACUGCCCUCAUUCACUAAGCACGAUUUUAUUGAUUUUCUUUUUUCAUUUUAUUUCCAUUAUAAAGAAUACAAAGCAGAAUUUGUCUCGAGUAAAGGAACGUGAAUAUAGAGAAUAGAAAUAAAAGAAUGGAAAAUCGGGACAAACAACUGCACUUCGGUCCAUCGAUCAGUGUGUUCGUCGUUUUUUGUUUUCGUCAAAUUGUAUUUAAUCAGUUUUAUGUUAAUUGCGUAUACAUUAAUGCCAUUGAAAAAAAAAAAAAAAAAAAACAAACAAACAACGCUGAAAACCAAAUCGCUCAUGUCGUAGAAACGGAGAUACUGAGAGAUAACCUGACAAGACUGAAAAAACCGAGAGAAACAAAUGAAAAAAAACACACAUGUAAUUACAAGAUUUUUAAAUUUGUCUUUUUUUAAAUAAUUUUUUGGACCCGCUCUCAUGACUCAUUAGCGAUAUUUCAUUCAUACAGUAUUUCGCGAUGAAGUGAGCGAAUAAAAAUAAUAAAAUUGCGAGGGAACGAAAAACGGGCGAGAUAGAAAGGAACGAAAACGAUGAGGCCAGAAGUUCCGAGCUCCGAAAUUCACAGAAGUGAAAUUAGCGCAGGUUUCUUUUUGGUCAAAUUCAGCAAUAAAAAUCCAGUGCGAUAAUGCCAAUUCGACCGAAUGUGAACGCCAUUGUAGAUGGAAUUCCGAAAACUAAAUAAGAACAAAAUGUACACAGUGAAAAGUAAAUAAGAUAGAAUAAGAGGACGAGGAGCAAAAAUUCCACGACGAAAUAUCAAAAGAGGCGAGAAAAGCGGUGGUUGUAAGAAAAGGAAGAAAGAUCUUGGAGCUUCGAUAGACAUUGCAAAUAAUCUAAAGGCACGAGAAAUUCGAGGAAAAGUGGAUGAAUCAAGAUGAAAGAGGAAAAUAGAGAGAGAAACUAAAGUCAUAGGAAAAGAGAAAAGGAAGCGUGAGAUAAAACUAGAUAAUCAAUGUCAUUGUAGAAUAAUAAGCGUUAAUGAUAAACCCUUAGAAAAAUAGGAUUCGAACGACAAUUGUAAACUCAUUGUAAUGAUCGACAAAACGAAAAAGAAAACAAAAGUAAGCACGGAACAAAACGAAACGUGUGUACAGAGUUUUACGUUUUUAGGUGUGUUCAAUUAUAUAAAGUGGGAACAAAUUACGUGUACAGGCGAGUGAGAGUUUAAAAAAAAUAUCUCAACAAAAAAAGUUCACAAGCCAAAAACGAGAACGAAAGAACAUUUUUUCAAGUCUCUCAUAACGCGAGCAAAAAUAUCGAUAUAUACACGUAUAAAUGACUGUAACCGAGUACGUUUGAAGCUACAAAAAUUAGACGAAGUAAAAAAGAAACAUGAAGAAGAUGCUUCUCACCACGCAAAUUUUUUUCCAUUUUCCUUUUUUUUCUCGCCUCGGUAAGCGGAGACGCUGAAUCGUCUCGAUCCUUCACUCCAUUUUUCUUCAUUCGUUUGUGUUUGAUUUCGAAACGACGACGAAAGAAGGAGCGAAUAAAAAUUGAAAAAAAAGUAGAGCGAAAAAUCACCUUUUUGAAGACUAGUCACGGGCAAAUAGGACCAUCGGGGCUAGUCCUUUUUGACGAACGAUUCUCUUAUUUAGAGCCGCCUCAACCUAAACGUGCUUUACAAUGUCUAUCGUGAUUGUAUGUUUUUGUUUUCUUCUUUUUUUUUCUUUUAUGUGUAUAAAAAAGCGUAAUUCCACUUUUUCCCCUUGAUAAUGGACGUGGAGUGUUUUGCAGGAAAAGAGAAAGAGAGAGAGAGAGAGCGAGCAAGAGAACAAAAAAGGAGGAAAAAAAUGAGACGAAUGAGAAUAAAAAAUCGAGCCUAAUUAUAAAGCAGGCGAUGUGAGUGUGUUCGUAUGUGAGUUUGUAUGUUUGAACGUGUGCGUAAGUGUAUAACUAGUUAUCGAAUAACGUGAUUAGAUUUUCGUAUUAGUGACGUUAUAAUGAUAAAUAUUAUACAACAAUACUGUAGAUUAGAUAGAUAUAAUGAAUUAAUCAUAACGAAAAAUAAUAUUAACGAGGAAGGAGAAAAACAACGUAACGAUAAUUAAAUAUAAUAACAAUUCAUAAUAAAUAAAUGAAUGAAUAACAAUAACGAUAAUAAUAAUAGUAAUAAUAACAGUUAUGAGUAACGAUAAUCGUGUAUUUUGAGCUCCCCCUCUCCUGCACGGUGAAUAAACGAAGUCUCUCAUUGCCAAACGACGAAAAAAAAAACAAAAUAUUUAAUCGAUAAAGCGAAAAAAAAACGAAGAGAUUGAAUCAAUGAGAACGGAAGUUUGGUUCAUUCUCGUCGUCUCCAAUUUCUGUGUCUCUUUCUCUCUCCAAAGCGUUUGAAAUCGUAACAAACAAAAUGACAGACUAUUGAAAACACACGUAUCUCUGCAGAAUAGAGAAGUUUCUAGCCUAGUAGGACAAUCAUAAGCGCGCUUGAGCGUUCUCUAACGUUUAAGGUGUAGGCUAAUAAGGUAUUUACAUGUUAUAAAGUGCCGAGUGACGUAGAUCGAAAGAAAGAAAGCAAAAAAUGUAUCAAACGUUUUUUUUUUAUUAAUCUCGACGGGAGGUGCGAAAUCAACCGGCGAUAGUCGUGGUCAAUGCUAUUCGUACGAUGGGAGAGAUACGAAAAGGGAAAAAGGUUGGAACAAGACUAAGGGUUCGGCUGGAAUUGAGUAAUUUCGGGAAAUUUAACAAUUUCAUUUUGUCGCCGGUUAUCCUUGGAGCUGGGGGAGCGAAAGCGAUCAAAUAUUAUUCGUCGAUAAUUGAUCAUUCGUACGAUAUUUGCGAUCGUCAGGAUUUUCGAACGCGAGAACUUUUCUGAAAGACACGAUCGAACACGUUGAGCCUUCUUAUUGAGCCCUUCUCUUCAAAAUGCGAGAAUGCGUAUUCAGUAUUGUCAAUGUGAGUUUGGGAAAAGCCGAGAUAAUUUUCAAAACGUUUUUUCAAAAACUUUGAUCAUUUUUAUACAAAAUACAAAUUUUCGCUACUUCGAGCUCGCUGAGAUCUUUGCGAAUUUUUAUUUUCAUUUUCAGGACAAAAACCUCGAGGAAUUUGCCCUUUUUCAAAAUUCAUUCCAAAAGUGGAACUAAAUAAUAGGCCAGUACGUGGUUAGAGCAAUUUUCAUAAAAUUUGUAACAACCGAAAGUUUUUCUGACAAACGAAGAAAAAAAUUAUGCAAAUGUAAAGCUAGAAAACAGAGAAAUUUUUUAAAAUCAGUUCGGGAAGCUGCGCAUCAUAAGAAAAAAUCGACUCUACGAUAGCAGCGAGGAGAAAGUCGAGGCUUACGAUGUGCCGCCAAGUGUAAAUUGAUUUUCCAUCGACUAUAAUCGACAAAAAUAUUAUUUGAAUCGCGAAUUAGAAAAAGAGUGCAAUAUCGUCCAUCGUACGUGAAGGAAUUUUCAAGCAUUAGCGUAGUAACAAACUUGUACGCGAUGACUGUAAAUAUAGUUUGUCAAAGCAUGCAUCUCCCCCCCCCCCCCCCCCCCGCGCGCGCCAGGAUAAAAAAUUAAUUAAAUUGAACGAAUAAACUUCAAACAGAAAGCAAAAGCAAACGUACGGACGAGCGAAAAACAAAAAUUCAACAAACGCGUGAAUGAUCCUGCAGGAAAACAAAAAAAACAGCUUGUUGUGACGACGAUUUCAACGAUUUUUUACGUGUUGGGGUGUUUCAAUAGUUCGAGAGCGAUUAUCGAAAGUGCAUAUUGUGAUUCGUAUCAUUAAAUGAUGAACUAAAUAAACAAUAUAAACAAAUAAACAGAAACGUGUGAGCGAUAUGAAAAAUUGCUAAACGAACAAACGGAUAAGAAAAGUAAAUCAUUAAUCCCAGAAACGUUAGUUCUCGGAUCUGUCGAAUUUUGACGAUACAUAAACAUAUACAUAUGCGUUGUAUAAUCGCGAAUUAACGUCAAUUUAAGCCUGACUUAUAACUAUAAAUGUGAAGAAUAAAUCGAUUACGCAAGAAGACGAAAAAAACAGAAAAGGAAGAGAGUUGAAUGAUUGACACGUAUCUUUAAGAAUACGAUUAUGGAACCGUAUACACACAUUAAACAUAUAUAUAGCGUGUAUUAGAUACGAAACUAUAUAUGAAACAGAAAAAUGAAAAAUGGAAAAAAAAAAAAAAACAUGAAGCAUCAUCAUCUUUUUUGUAUCAUUUGUUCGUUUUUCUUUCGUUUUUAUCUUACUGCGUUUGUCUUUCAUUGAUUAAUGUAAUUGAAUAAUCUAUCAUUAUCCCGGGCUUGAAAAAUCUCGAGAUAUAUUAUCCUUGUGUGACACAAGAGCGAAUAAACGAGAAAUACAGAAGAA